AUGUAUUUCGGACUGUUUCUCGGCAGUUUCUUUACUCUAUUCCUUCUCUACGAAUUAUACUGUCGAUCUCGACUACGCACAUCAACAAAUGUUCUUAUCGUAAUAAUAUUUUGUUCUGAUUCUCUACGUGCAGUCGUUUGUGCUAUAUUAGAAACCGUUGUUUUAACUAAAACCUGGAACACAUCAAUAGCAAAUUGUGAAAAUGAAAUACCUGUUAUUCACUAUAGUCCUGUUAUAAUAAACUCCUGCCGAGCAACUAUGGCAAUACGUUCUAUUUUCAAUGUAACACAACCAUUCGGAUUUGUUGCUAUCGCAUAUGAACGUUUGUACAUGUUAUUGAAUCGAAAUGGAAAUUCUAAUAUGAAUGCUAUUCGUUUAAAACACAUUUUCAUUUGGAUUGCAGUCACAUUUUUCUUUGGUAUUGUAUUUGGUGCGUAUCACGCAAUUGCAUAUCCACCUUCGAAUACGUGCUACGGACAGUCGGAUACAGCAUCACGAGUCGCGAUGAUUAUUCAACUAUUCUGCAUCUUUUGUGCUGCAUUAAUUGGAAGUCUGAUUUAUGUGAAAAUAUGUUUCACUGUGCGCAAACAUCGGGCUAAUCUGAUUACACCAAUCGCAGAGGAUAGGAAUAUGAGAAAGCGUAUUAGACGAAUGAAUACGUUAGCGAAAAAGAAUAUUCAGUUAACUAAGCAAGCAUUUAUUAUUUUCCUUUCGUUUUUCUUCUGGCGUCUGCCCUCGACAGCUUUGGUUUUCCUAAAUUUGAUCAUUGCUCAACAAUUACGCUACAAAAAUCGAUGUUAUCUCGAAGAAUUUACUAAUUUAUCGAUUCAGCUUAUUUUUGUAGCGACAAUCACUGAUCCCUUGGUUUACAUAUGGACAAAAUCAGUAUUAAAACAAAACUUUCUACAACUUCGAUUCCUCCCGCUUCGUUUUGCACGUAGCACAAUAAAUGACCGAUGA